AUGAUUGGAUGGCGAGUCGGCUGGAUCGUGGGACCGGAAGAUCUCAUGGGAGACAUCGCGGCAGUCUCGAUGGCGAAUGUCGUCGUACCGGUGGGCAUUGCGCAGGAGGCCGUAGCUGUGGCACUGGAGCGGUCGCCAGUGACCAUGCCGCAGUACGUGGCUGAACUUCAAGCGCGACGAGAUCUCAUCACCUCGGAAUUGGACGGUCUUCCGGUUGGGGUUCCUGCUGGGGGGUGGAGUCUUUUGAUAAGAGUGAGCGACUUUGGAAUCGAUGGGGAAACGGCCUCACGGCGACUCUUGGAGCAAGGGAUCUGUGCUACCACUAUGGCUGGCUGGGGAGACAUCCAGGCUGGACAAUACAUUCGAUUCGUCUACUCGAAUGAGUCUCUGGAUCGCUUGAGAGGUAUCGGUGCGAAGAUUCGCAGAGCUCUAGGGCUAUCAUAG